AUGGGUUUUCGCUCGAUAUCUAAUAAAAUAUGGUCCAACGUUCUCGCCCGCGUGAUGAAGGUCCUGGGACGUACCGGCUCCCAAGGACAAUGUACUCAGGUCAAAGUUGAGUUCAUCGGAGAGACGAGCCGACAAAUCAUCAGGAACGUGAAGGGUCCAAUUCGUGAAGGAGACAUUCUUACACUCCUCGAGUCCGAGCGUGAAGCUAGAAGAUUAAGAUAAAUGGGUUGGGCGAGUCUGCAUUAGGUUAAGUUGCUUUAUAUGUAUCUUCUAUUAUCUAAAAUUUAAUGUGAACAUCAGAACCGUCAAAGAAUACUUAUAACUAUGUAACCAGCUAAUAAAU